UUACUUGUUUCAAUGAAAUCCCAUGUCAAAAGUUCAAUCAGUGUAAAACACUAGUUUAGAGAGGAGUAUGAUAAAUGUGAAUAAGAUUCGUAGUUAGAAUUCAGGAUUUAUUGAGUCGUUAAGAUUACUGUUGAUAAUUAUUUUAAAGAGACAAUGGGGAGCGAUGUCACCGCAGCGAUUGGUCCCCAGGUCCGAGUAGCCGCCCACAUUACGCACAUAUUUUAGGGAAUUUGUACUGAUGUUGCUUUGUCUUAGUGCGCAACAGUUUGAAAGAAUUCAAUAUUAUCCCUACAAAUAAUCUUCUUCUUCGGUCGCUUUUGAGAAAAACUAUCAUCGAAAUAGCGGCAGUUAGAGAGGCAAGGCGUACGGACAAGUGUUUACUACUAGUCUCCUGUGUGUUUAGUAGCUGUAGCAACAGCCCGGGGCUGGAAGGAGUCCGCCGGUGGGCAAAGUCGGCCGCUCGGUCGGUGGGAUAUUUAGCGGCACAACAUGAGACACAUUUGAGCAGAGUUACAACAUGGUUAUAAUGAGGGGGAAUGACUGAAGUGGACUGUGACGUGGUGGCCUGAGUUCAGCAGGGCAGGAAGAAGGAAAGGGCUCUUUUCAUCAUGGCAAGUGCAUUGGCGUCAAGGAUGGGUCUCCAUUCGCUGAGAAAGAAACAACUGAAGACCUACAAUGUGGUAAUUGCCACCAUGGAUGCAGAGCUCAAGUUCAGCUGUGAGAUCAAAUGGAAGGGGAAAGACCUCUUUGACCUGGUGUGUCGAACCCUGGGGCUCAGAGAGACGUGGUUCUUUGGGCUUCAGUACGAUGUGAAGGACACAGUCGCUUGGAUCAAGAUGGACAAGAGGGUGCUGGAUCACGACAUCCCCAAGGAGGAGGUGAUUUCCCUGAGCUUCUUGGCCAAGUUCUACCCUGAGAAUGUAGAAGAAGAGCUGGUCCAGGACAUCACACAGCAUCUCUUCUUCCUGCAGGUGAAGAAAAAGAUCCUGGAGGAAGAAAUUUACUGUCCCCCAGAAGCAUCCGUCUUGCUGGCUUCCUAUGCUGUGCAGGCUAAGUACGGUGACUAUGACCCCAUCGUCCACAAGCGAGGUUUUCUUUCUCAGGAAGAGCUUCUGCCAAAGAGGGUGAUAAACCUGUACCAAAUGACUGCAGAGAUGUGGGAAGAGAGGAUCACUGCUUGCUAUGCUGAGCACAGAGGGAGGACCAGGGAUGAGGCGGAGAUGGAAUACUUGAAGAUAGCUCAGGACCUGGAAAUGUAUGGCAUUAACUACUUCCCUAUUAGGAACAAAAAGGGAACGGACCUGUUGCUGGGGGUGGAUGCUCUUGGCCUGCACAUCUACAACCCUGACAACAGACUCACGCCCAAGAUCUCCUUCCCCUGGAAUGAGAUCCGCAACAUCUCCUACAGCGAUAAAGAGUUUGCCAUAAAGCCCUUGGACAAAAAGGCAGACGUCUUCAAGUUCAACUCUUCGAAGCUGCGAGUCAACAAGUUGCAGAUCCUCCAGCUGUGCAUUGGGAACCACGAUCUGUUCAUGAGAAGGCGCCGUGUGGACUCUUUGGAGGUGCAACAGAUGAAGUCCCAGGCACGCGAGGAGAAAGCCCGCAAACAGAUGGAGCGGCAACGGCUGGCACGGGAGAAGCACCUCCGCGAAGAGGCUGAGAGGGAGAGGGAUGAACUGGAGAGGAGACUGCUGCAGAUGCAGAGUGAGGCACAGAUGGCCAAUGAAGCCCUGCUGCGGUCUGAGGAGACAGCUGACCUGUUGGCGGAGAAAGCGCAAAUUGCAGAGGAGGAGGCCAAGCUGCUGGCUUUGAAAGCUGCUGAGGCAGAGCAGGAGAUGCAGCGCAUCAAGGUGACAGCAAUCCGCAGCGAAGAGGAGAAAAGGCUCAUGGAGCAGAAGAUGCUGGAGGCUGAGAUGCUGGCGCUGAAGAUGGCCGAGGAGUCAGACAGGAGGGCCAAGGAAGCUGAACAGCUGAAGCAAGACCUGGAGGAGGCAAGGGAGUCCGAACGGAGGGCCAAGAACAAGCUGCUGGAGAUCACCAGCAGAUCGGUCAAAACGCCGACGCAGCUAGCCACUAUGCCCCCUGAUAUCCCUGGCAUGAACCUCAGCAGUGAGAACCUCUCAUUCGACUUCAAAGACACUGAUAUGAAGCGGCUCUCUAUGGAAAUUGAGAAAGAGAAGGUGGAGUACUUGGAAAAGAGCAAACACCUGCAGGAGCAGCUGAAUGAGCUGAAGACAGAGAUUGAGUCGUUGAAGUUGAAGGAGCGUGAGACACCCUUGGACAUCCUGCACAAUGAGAAUGCCGAGAGGGGCACCAGCAAGCAAAGCAACUUCAAAAAGCUCACCCUUCAGAGCACCAAGUCCAGAGUGGCUUUCUUUGAGGAGCUUUAGAGGCAGGAAGGCAGCCCUACAAACGAGUGCCCUGCUCUACAUUGAACCCUCUGAAAGGAGAAGAACACUAUUCCAAACCUCAUCGAGUCAAAAAAGCAGGCACACCAAGCAAUUUGUACAGCCCCUUUUGGAAGAUGUAACACUAGUCACAGACCUCUGUUUGUUUGGGAAAUGUCAUAUAUGCAGCUCAAAGAGAGAAACAUGCAGACUGUACAGCUCUAUCAUUCAAGGUCAAGUACUGUGAUUCAACCGAGCCAAUCGUAAUGCUCUCGAUUCAGAACUAACAUGAAGGAAAUCACCAUAUAUCUGAUUCUUUGAUUUAUAUUUUCGGUGAGUAAUUAAUGCGGUUUCAUAUAGAUUUAUAUUGCUGGAGACAUGACGGUUUACAGGUCUUUGAAUUUUUUAAGAUGAUGUUUGCAUUGAGUGACUGACGUGAAGUGGAAAUCAUUGAGAGGACAUACUGGUGAUGCAUUAAAC